AAUGUUGAAUAGGUAGUUCGAGAAAAUCAGGUGGUUGUGGUAGUUGGAGAAACUGGUUCCGGGAAGACCACACAACUGACCCAGUAUCUGCACGAGGAUGGAUACACCACAAAUGGUAUAGUAGGCUGCACUCAACCAAGGCGUGUGGCAGCAAUGCGUGUUGCCAAAAGAGUUAGCGAAGAGAUGGAAACUGAACUUGGUGAUCUAGUUGGUUAUGCAAUUCGUUUUGAGGAUGUGACUGGGCCAAACACUGUAAUAAAGUAUAUGACUGAUGGUGUGCUUCUGCGUGAGACACUCAAAGAUGCUGAUCUUGACAAAUAUCGUGUUGUUGUAAUGGAUGAAGCACACGAAAGGUCACUAAACACAGACGUGCUCUCUGGGAUCCUUAAAAAAGUUGUUGCCAGACGCAGGGACAGAACCAGAAAUAUUUUCCGGGGCGGCGAAAUUUUACUAAAAAAAUUUUAAGAACAAAAUACUACAAAAUAAUCAUGAGUUUUGGGGGGACUAAAUACUACAAAUUAUGAAUUUUAAUCAUAUAAAUUGAUUAUAUAUAAGGGCUUGGGGAAGGUUUUGGG